AUGGAGACGCACGGGGGUUGUCUUGAUCAAAAAGGUUCUAAAGACGGCAAAGUUUGCCAGUUAAGGCGGAGUUAUGAUGCCAGUUUUAAGAUGAUGGUCAUAAAUGCAGCAGAGUCAUUAAACAACAACCGCCAGACAGCGAAGAAAUACGGUAUUUCAGAGUGUCAUGUCCGACGAUGGCGAGCCCAAAAAGAGCUUCUUCAGACCGCUGACAGUCAGAGGAAAGCUUACCGGGGUCCGAAAAGCGGUCGCUUCAGGGAGAUUGACCAGAGAGUGUGUGAAUAUUUCAGAGAAAAACAAACCGAAGGCAUGCCUCUAUCUAGAGCCGUCCUCAAGCUGAAGGCCUUGCAGAUCGCAAAGGAGCUGAACAUACCGAGCACCGACUUCACAGCGAGCAUUGGCUGGUGCACGAGACUGCUGCACCGAAACGGACUAUCACUGCGGCCCAGGUCAAAGUCGAGUCAGAGCCAAACGAUUAACUCAAUGGAAAAGGACUCAUAUCCUCUGGAUCAGAUAGACAACGCUGAGCAGACAUCUGUGAUUUCUGACAUGCAAUCAUCUGUCACAUUACACGAGAAAGAGCUCCAACAGCACCAUGUCUGCAAGGAGGAGGAGCCAUUUGACCAGCAGCCCUGUAAGCAGAAGAGGAACUCCAGUCUGGACCAAGAAGACCACAAACCUCCUGAAAUUAAAGAGGAACCGGUGGAAUUUAGCACCAGUCACGAGAGAGAGCAGCUUGAGCUGAAACUGGAGACUGACACAUUGUUGUUGACCUUUACUUGUGAGGAAAGUGACCAACAGUCUGUCCUUCACAACUCACAUAAUCCUCAUACAGAGCUCCCACUGCAACAUGUUUGUAAGGAGGAGGAGGAUCUCUCUGACCAGCAGCUCUGUAACCAAGAGAGGAACUCCAGUCUGGACCAAGAGGACCACAAACCUCCACAAAUUAAAGAGGAGCCGGAGGAACUCUGCACUACUCAGAAGAGAGAGGAUCUUGAUCUGAAGCAGGACAUUGAAAGCUUCAUUUACUCUCCUCCAUACGAGGAGAAUGUUGACAGUGACCCAGAGCUAAAUGGUGACCAAAAGCUCUUCUCUCACGACUCUCAUGUACUUGAGGACCAAAAUCUCCAAGAGGACUGGUGUGGAGUCUCAGGAUCAACAGACAAUGCAGUUUCACUGUCAGUGAUUCAGUAUCACAUAAUCAAAAGUGAAAGUGACAAAGAGACUGAAGACUUUGAGUUGACGAUUACUUGUGAGGAAAGUGACGAUAUAGAACCAGAAGAAAGAUGUAACAACCAGCUCCUAACUGACAUUCAAGCCUCAGAAUUAAUGAGAAAACCAAAAGAGAUUAUUCAAAAAGGCAUAAAUCACAACCUUGAAUUGUCAGAAAAUGACAAUAAUUCCCUCACAGGUGAAACACCUUUCAAAUGUGACUCAUGUGAGGAAACUUUUAAGAAUAAGUCAGAGUUAAAGACUCAUGUACGUGUCCAUACAGGUAAAAAGACACACACAUGCAAGAGCUGUGGGAAAAUAUUUAGUUUCCUGUCAACUCUGAAAAUUCAUACAAGAAUCCACACAGGUGAAAAGCCAUUUUCUUGCCAAACGUGUGGAAAAAGUUUUAUAUAUAACUAUUUAUUAGAAAGCCACAUGAGAACACACACAGGUGAGAGGCCUUACUGUUGUAGCUUGUGUGUGAAAAGAUUUGCAGUGAUGUCAGAAUUGAAUAGACACAUUAGAACUCACACAGGGGAAAAGCCUUUCACUUGUGGAAUAUGCAGCAGAUCUUUUGCAGAAAAGCGUGAAUUGACAGUUCAUAUGAGAACACACACAGGUGAGAGGCCUUAUUCCUGCAGCACCUGUGGAAAAGCUUUCUAUCGGGGGUCGCACUUAAAUCGACACAUUAGAAUUCAUAUAGGAGGAAAACCGCUGACUUGCACAGCCUGUGGCAGAUCAUUCAGAGAAAUAGGUGACUUGACAGAACACAUAAGAAAGGUCCACUCAGGCAACAGGCCGUAUUCCUGUGAUACAUGUGGGAAAUCCUUUGGCAAUAGAUGCACAUUGAAUAGUCACAUUAGAAUUCAUACAGGCGAGAUGCCGUUUGCUUGCAAAACCUGUGGAAAGUCUUUCAGAGCAAAUGGUGAUCUUAAAGUCCACGUUAGAAGAGCUCACACAGGUGAAAAGCCUUACCUUUGUGUGAUCUGUGGAAAAAGUUACUUUGAUUCAUCUAAUUAUUCACGGCACAUGAAAUCGCAUGUAGGCACAUAGCCUGGUGUUAACGCAAAACUAUUUUUCAAGUAGCAGGGGAUUUAUUUUGUCUUGGUGUAAUGAAGGAAUAAGAGACGUUUUAGUUUAUAAAUCUCGAUUGACAAUGCAUACAAGGUAGCAUGCAGGCUUGUAGCCUUGGAUUUGUAAGAUUAAGAUGUGUGUGAGAUUCUUCAGUUUCAUAAUCCUAGAUUAAAACCCCCUGGGCUCAGCUGUUACCCUCACAGAUUUGGAAGACCAUUAUUCCUAAAAGUAAAAGUACUCACAGCUGUCUCUUGUCAAAUUGCUAACUCACACACAUCAGCACUGCUCACCUGACAUCUUUUACAUUUGUGAGGCUUCACUACUUAAGCCCUAGGCCGGAGAUAUACCUGCUGUUUACUAGGGGUGAGGGGAAAAAUCCAUACAGCAUAGUAAUGACAUAUUUUGAAUGGCAAAAUUGUACUGAUUAAUGUUGAUUAAUUUUUUCAGAUUAAUUUCUAAACGACCUGAGGUCAAUGGCGCUAGAAAAUAAAAUCAAUUGCUUUUUCAACUUGAUGGUUCUGUAGCUCCCUUUAUCCAUUGAGGUCAAUAGAGGAGACGUCAUAGAGCAGGAGAAAGUAAAAUAAAUAUGGGAGCACCACAGGAGGGCAUUUGGAAGUAUCCUUGUGUUUAGAUCAAUAAUAUAAAAAUUAAAAAAAAUUAAGCUGGUGUGAAGAAUUCAAAAUUCAAGCUCAUGUCUUAAAAUUCGUCUCAACGAUGCUACAGAACAGAAAUUUCAAUUAAAAUAACUUUUUUUGAACCUAAAACUUUCGGCCGUGUAAUAUAUUGGAGGUGUUUCAGUGUUAAAGCACACCAUCUAGGUGUUUUGUUAUAUGACUGAUAUGACCUGUUGUAACCAUUGGUUGACUAUAUUAAAUUAUGUUAAAGCAGUGUCCAAAUGUAUCUACAGUUUGUUUCUGAAGUCCUGUUAGAACAUUCUGUGGUUGUGAAGAUUGCAUGGGAAAUCUAUUCUGAUUAAAAAAGAACAAAAAUCAGCACU